CGGCUCUCGUGUGUUGUUACAGCAUCAAUGUUAUUAUCGUUGUGGGCAACAAAAAAUUUGGAUUUUUAACAUUAUAAUAUUAGUAAUUUCGUCAAAAUGAGCUGGGUGGGAGGCAUCGUAACCAGGGCUUUGAACGCCGUGUGGCAGCCACAGGUCACGUCCGUCCGUUUCCGGUAUCACGCCGAUAAAGUUGCUCGAGGGCCUCUGGUGCGCCGGUAUGGCUACAAGGAAAAGAUCCUGCAAGGCGGCAUGCUACCCCAUCUGGAUAAUGGUCAAAAGUUACCGAUGCCGGAUUACAGACCAAAGAACGCGUGGUGCGAAAAGCGGGCCCUCUUCGGCCAGAAUGACUACAUCGACAUUUUAGGUAACGAUCGGCUGCAUCCGACCAGGGUCCUCUACUCGGUCCCAUCUUGGCUACGAGGCGUUUCGGGUAAUGAGUAUCAGGUUCUACUGAGGAAGCGCAAAAUGUUAAGCCGAACGAUCUACCCGGUUGCACGGCCCACCAAAUGGAGGGACAUGGAAAAGCGAAUUUCCUAUCUGUACCGGUUCCUGAACAGAAAGACCAAAACCGGACCAUCCAAUAUUUAAUGAGCGAAGCAAAAGUAAUAAUUUGAUGUAUUCAAUAGAGGCGCAAUAAAAAUAUAGAAUUAAAAUCUGCAAGAUUCAUUUAUAA